UGGGCGGGAAGGCGCUCGGCGGUCUGCUCUUGGUUGCUAGCUGGGUGCUGCUGCUUUCAGUGCCUUUGCUGUUAGCCUCUUGGAACUUCGAGCCCAGCUGCUCGCACAGGACUCGGCCACCUGCCCUUCCUGCACCGCCUGGCCAGGUACCUUGCAGGAGUUCAGAGCCUCAUGCUGAGCCAGGAGGAGCUCCGGGGGACGCACAGGGCAGGAUCGGAAUUGAGAGGCUGAAAAAUUCUGUUAGGGAUGUUGCCAAAGUCAUCCACGAAGUGGCCUAAAGGAUCUCUUGAGUCAGAUUCUGUCAAGUUACCAGCAGAAGCUACUGAUUGUGAAAUUUCAAUUACACCAUUAUCCUGCCAAGUGAAAAAAAGGAGACAUUAAAACGGCUCAAGAGGUUUGGAUAUGGACCUUCUUCAGUUCCUGGCCUUCCUCUUUGUCUUGCUUUUGUCUGGGACAGGAGCCACAGGCACCUUGAGGACUUCCCUGGACCCAAGCCUGGAGAUCUACAAGAAGAUGUUUGAGGUGAAGCGGCGGGAGCAGCUGUUGGCACUGAAGAACCUGGCACAGCUGAACGACAUCCAUCAGCAGUACAAGAUCCUUGAUGUCAUGCUCAAGGGGCUCUUUAAGGUGCUGGAGGACUCCCGGACAGUGCUCACCGCUGCUGAUGUGCUCCCAGAUGGGCCCUUCCCCCAGGACGAGAAGCUAAAGGAUGCUUUCUCCCACGUGGUGGAGAACACGGCCUUCUUCGGCGAUGUGGUGCUGCGCUUCCCGAGGAUUGUGCACUAUUACUUUGACCACAACUCCAACUGGAACCUCCUCAUCCGCUGGGGCAUCAGUUUCUGCAACCAGACGGGCGUCUUCGACCAGGGGCCCCACUCGCCCAUCCUCAGCCUGAUGGCCCAGGAACUGGGGAUCAGUGAGAAAGACUCCGACUUCCAGAACCCAUUUAAAAUCGACCGCACAGAGUUCAUUCCCAGCACUGACCCUUUCCAGAAGGCCCUGAGAGAAGAAGAGAAACGCCGGAAGAAAGAGGAGAAGCGGAAAGAGAUCCGAAAAGGCCCGAGGAUCUCCAGAUCCCAGUCUGAGUUAUAGCCCUGGAGCAGCUCAGGGCUCAAGGGGCCACAAGGAGGCAGGUCGGGAGGAAGAAGAGGUGGAGAUGUAGUUGUGGUGGAGAGCACCAGCCAGCCCCUUCCAGAAGGAGAGGCCACAUUUUCCCAGCCCCCUGGAGCUGGGUCUGAGCCCUGGCUAAAGGGACUGAGCCUCAGAUGGCUGGCUUUUCUCUCAGGGGCCUCCUGCUGAAGGGGCCUUCAGAGGACUUUAUACUGGAAAUAUGACCCUGUGCAGACUGCUGGGGGAAGCAGGGGGAUGCCUGCCUGGACUCUUUUGGUGGCUGAAAACCUCUGGCCAGCUGGCUUCCACUCUUGGUGGGGAAGCAGCAGAAGUAGGUUCUGAGCCACAGGUGAGGGUGCCACCCUGCUGCUGGCCCCACAGUGUCACAGAGCUGCCCGGCACAGGUCCCAGCCCCUCUGCAGAGACACAAUAAAAGCCAGCGGACCCUUUGGACCAACCAAGGCUCAGGGAUGUAGAAACAGCUUGGAGGAUGUUUCUUCCCGACCGGUGGUGGGGGCCGGGCCCUGGCGGGGCAGAGAAGCAAGGGACUUGGCUUGGGCCUCCUGUUCCUACCCCAGCACUGCCCUUGACAAAGGAUUGGUGUUGGGAAGGGACCUGGAAGUGUCCUGGGAUCUGAGAAACAUUUAGCUCAAGAAGACCUUGGAGCAACAUGAUCUCUGUCCUCAGAUGUCUGGGGACAGUCAUUGAGCAAGUACAGGGAAGUCAGCUUGUUCUCUUCAGCAGCGCUGGAAGAUAGUCAACCUGUGGGUGGGGGGCUGCAGGGGGACAGGCCGCAGCCCUGCAGGAGGCCAUACUCCGCAAUGGCUGCCAUAAGCUGCACGGGUCAGACAGCUUCACGUCUCGGGAGGCCACAGGGCAGGGAAGAUGCAGAGGGCAUGUGGCCCUGGGUACACUCAUGCCCCUCCCAAGGAGAGGAGGGAAGGGCUUUAGUGAGAAUUCUAGCUCUGCCUCUUUGACCUUGCCAAGUCAGGAUCUGCCUCUUAAAGAAGCAGAGAAAACCAUCCCAGAUCCCCUCGACACCCAACCCUCUACCACUGACAGAGCCCAAGUUAGAUCUGAGUCUUAGCCCUUCAGAUUGCUGACUCUCCCUGGCCCACCCUUUCCCCUCCCUGUGCUGCAGCUUCAUUGGCAAAAUGAAUUUGAUGGUAUCUGAAUCCCCUGCCCAGCCCUAACCUGUUUCUCUGAGGCUGGCCUCUCUGCGGGGCUGUGGCAACAAAGGGAAGCUGAGCCUUACGGAAGCUGAACCUCAUGGAAGGGCCCAGAACAUCCUGCACCCGUCAGUUACUCAGAAGUAAAGGGACAAGAAGCAGCUGGAAGAGAGCUGGGUGUGGGGGCUGGGAGGAGUGCUGGAGAAAUUUCCCCAUCAGAACUGCACCAGCCACCUGGGCGCACUCACUGGGCAGUGGAGGCAGGGCAGUGUGGUGGGACUGACUCAACAGACCUAGCUCCGUCUCCACCCUGCCCCUCUCAGGUUGUGUGACCCCAGCCACAUGGACACCAGAGUCUGUGAACUAAAGGGCUAGACCAUGGCAUUAACAGUGGAGGGUGUCCAGGUUCUUAGUGUCUUGAACAAAGAAUUGGACAAAUGUACAAAGCAAGGAAGGAAUGAAGGGUUUUAUUGAGAAUGAAAGUAUACCCUACAGUGUGGGAGAGGGCCUGAGCAUAGGGGCUCAAGGGGCCCCUUACAGAAUUUUUGGGAGUAUAUACCCCCUAGAGGAUUCCAUUGGUUACCUGAGGUACACCCUAUGUAAAUGGAGAGGAUGAAGUAAAUUUACAAAUUCAUUUACAGCAUAUGCCCUAUGGGGAGGAUAUUUCCUGUUACAGCUGAAGCGUGAAUUGGCCUUAUGUUCCGUGCCUCCAGACCCUAUUUUCCUGCAUCAGUGGGGAAGGGUCAGAUUCACUGGCUCAGCUGUUUAACCUGUCCUGGUGCCAGCAGCUGGAGCUGGGGGUCAGGACCAGCCCACAAGCUCUUCCCUGCCGGGAGGACCAGGCCAGUCACUGUCCUCUUCAUGCUGGAGAGUGGUUGUGGUUGCUGACUUAGCAGAGAAGGUGCUUUGCUUUCCCCUUAACUGGGGAAAAAACUUUCUAAGAACCAGGCCUGCUUGGCAGCAGACUGAGUUUUCUUGGGGUGGCAGGGAGGUCAAGGGAUACCUCAGAACAGUCAGGUGUGGGUCCAGCUUCGGCUGGAGGUUCGUUCUACUGAAUAACUUCUAGGGUCUCUGUCAUUAGCAGGAUUUGUAUAAUUUAAAGCAGAGCUGGGCAACUGCAGAGCAACAGGGAAGGCAGCCCAGUGUGGUGGCAAGACCUGGGCAACUUGGGACCAGCCUGGGCUGUCUCUUGCCAGCUGUUGUUAUCAGAACCAGGCUCUUCACACUCAGAUCCUUGGGCACCCCCCCAUCUCAGAAUGCCCGGUGGUUGAAAGGAUGAAACCUGGAAUUUAAGUGACUUCUCAGUGAUGUGUGCCCUUCUCUGAUGGUUCCUUGUUCAUCCUAUAGAUUUACUGACUGCCUGCUGUAUCAGAGCCAAAGAGAGGGGCCUGGUCUUACCUAUCUCCUCAUCUGCCCCUUCUGGCACCUCCUUCCUCCUGGGCUCUUCCCUCUAAUACCUUCAUCCUCUCUCCAUCUUGGUUAAUCCUGUCCUUUCCACCCUCAAAUGGGCACCUUCAAAGAAACAAAUAGAACUACUCCACUGGCUGCCUCUCUCCUUCCCUUUGCCGCCACUGUUGAUUGUUAUAGUCACUUGCUCCAGGAAGUCCACUUUCUGAGUCUUACUGCACGCAGAGCCCACCCCCUCAGCUGUAAAGGCCCUAGGGCACAUGUUUGUCCAGCCGCCUUUUGCAGCUGGGAUUGUUACGUGACUAUAGCUCUACCAACUGUAUAUACCACUGUGGGAGUCGUGCUGGUGGUCACAGGUACCAGGGGCAGCAGCGAAGGGGUGGUUCUAGUGCCAAGUCCAGUGACCAGUGCCAGGGAUGCCCAGUGGUGGCAACAGUGGUGUUCUCAGUGUGAUCUUGGACAUUGCUCCUGUCUACUGAGCUGCUAGGCCCAGUCUUUGGAACCAUCGGGGAGUCUGUGAGCUCCCUGAUAUCCUUUAAGCCAGCGUUUUCCAGCGAUGGCACUAUUAACGUUUGGGGCUAGAUAAUUGUUUGGGGUGUGUGUGUGAGGAGGGCUGUCCUGUGUAUUGUAUGCUAUUUUAGUAGCAUCCCUGGCCUCUCGCUACGAGAUGCCUGUAGCAGUCCCCCAGUUAUGACAACCAAAAAUGUUUCCAGACAUUGCCAGAUGUCCACUGGGAGGGAAAACCUCCCUGGUCCACAGCUCUUCUCCUUAUUCCAGUCCCACAUCUUCCUCCCCUCCCCAUCACUGUCCUCAGAGAGAUGCUGUUGACAACUCCUUGAGGUGAUUCUCUCAGGCUUCUUGUUGUAGUUCCCUGCUGUCAAGCCUGAGCCUGCUGUCACUUCUGGAUUAUUCUUUCCUCACCUGCCCCCAUUUGCAUGAAGUUUUUGUGGGGCUGUUUCUAUUUUCUUCUUGGGCAGCCAUACCCUCUAAGACUUAAAAGCUGAAUACUUGCCCUGUUACUACCUGAUAAUUCUCAUCACUUAUGUUUCCAAAACCAAACUUGUUAUUUCCCUCUCUAACCCCAUCUCUGUGUCAAACAGUGGAGUACAUACUUUUGGUUAAUCCAAUUGGAAGGUUUCCUAGAGGAAGUAAUAUCUGAACUGAAUCCUGAAAGAUUGAGGGAAGAGGAAGGGUCAGAGGAAGUAAAUGAAAAACCAUAUAUAAAAUUCUCUUCUGUGACCCGUAGCAGGUACCCAAUCCAUGGUAGAUAUGGAAACGUAGUGUUUCCAUAUCGUCCAUCCCUUUUCUUUCUUUCUUUUCUUUUUUUUUUUUUUUUUUUU